GGGAGAAUCUUAUAAAGCCCUCAAUUUCUGCUUUCAUGAAAACUGUUCUAGAAAAAGAUGACGAGGAUGUAAAAGCGAUGCCUCUCAGUAACAAUACUGUCAGCCGAAGGAUCGACGAGAUGGGCGAAGACAUUGAGAAACAACUCGUAUCGAAACUAAAAACCAGAAAUUUCUCUGUGCAGAUGGACGAGUCAACCCUAAGAGACAGUGAGGCCGUUCUUAUCACUUAUGUCAGGUAUAUUGAACGUGGACAGUUUGCAGAAGAAAUGCUUUUUUGUAAACAAUUAGAAAGCACUACCAAAUCGAGAGACAUUUACAACAUAUUCAAAUGCUACUUGGAUGACAAUGAGAUCCCCAUGAAGAAUGUUAUUUCGUGUGCUGCCGAUGGUGCCCCCAAUAUGAUGGGCAAAAAAAAUGGUUGUUUACAAUUGAUGAAAGCUGAUAAUCCAGAAAUGAUACUUAUUCACUGUGUUAUCCAUAAAGAAAACUUGGUGGCUAAAAACGUGUCUCCUAUUCUCAAUGAAGUACUCAAUGCAGUUAUCAAAUGCAUUAACUCAAUAAAAGCCAGCGCUAAAACCGAGCGCUUAUUUAAGCUAUUUUGUGAGGAACAAAAUGAAGACCACGUACGAUUGUUACUACACACUGAAGUAAGGUGGCUUUCAAAAGGGAAUUGUUUGAAACGAUUUAUUGAGUUGUUCGAUUCGCUUGAAAAGUUUUUAAUUGAUAAGCCUGAAAUGAAAUUAUUGUUGACAACAAAUGGCAAAGCAUAUGUAAGUUAUUUAGCCGAUAUCUUUGAGAAGCUAAAUUUGUUAAACAAGCAACUGCAAGGACCAAACAAAACACUGGUUGAUGCCAAAGCAAAAAUAUUUGGUUUUAUUAAGAAUUUAGAAUUAAAUCAAAAACACGUCAGCAACAAAAAUUUUGAACAGUUUCAUUGGCUUAACAAGUGUGAUGUUUCUGACUCCGCAAUACUUGAAAUUGUUAAUCAUUUAAAAAUUUUAAUUACGGAUUUUAAAGAGAGAUUUGCUGAUUUAAAAGAAAUGAAUUUUCCGACAUGGAUGGUGCAACCAGUUUUGGUGGAUUUAGCUGAUAUAUCCAAUCUGCAAUAUCAAGAAGAACUCGCGGAGUUGCAAAGUGACGAAUCUGUAAUAACUCUAUUUAAUAUUAAAGGUGCGAUGGCAUGGCUUUGCGAUGAAACACAGGCUAAAUACCCCAAUACCACAAAAUGUGCAAGGAAACUCUUAUUACCAUUUCCAUCUUCAUAUCUAGCUGAAUGUGGCUUUAGUGCUAAAAACAAUAGUGGCAAAAAUCAAGCUGGUAUUUCUCAAAAUAAACAUUUGAAUAAACAGUUACUGAAAUAUGAAUUAAGAGCAUUCUUAACUCAAAAGAGAUGCAGUUUAAAAAAAACUAAGGCUCUAAGGUUCACAUUACAGAGGUGGCAAGCAGGCAAAAGAAAGGCUUACACUGCUACAUUGUGUCAGUAUGACAAGAUCUGA